UGUCAUAUCUUCAAUUCUCCAACCUCUUCCUUUCAUCCACCCUCCUCCUCCCUCUCCCUCUCUCUCUCUCUCUCUCUCUCUCUCUCUCUCUCUCUAACACACACACACUCUCUAUGAGUUGUUCACAAACAAAUUAGGCGAUCAUCCAUCAUAUAUCGCCUGAAAACCACUCUUUUUGCUAUCUUGAAAGUGGUUUCCCUUGGCAUUCAUCUGCGAAUACCAGAUCUUUAACUCUAAGUUUCUACAAAACAAGAAAUAAAAAAUCCACCUUGAAAGGAGAUAUGUAUCAACCAAAUAUGUUUGAGAAUCUUCAUCAUCAUCCUCUUGGUACACCGGAAAAUAAUCUUGAUAUGCUUAGAGAUGAAGAUCAUGAUAGCAACAUGGAAGCUCCUUCGGGCGACGAUCAAGAUCCUAAUCAGCGUCGCAACAAAAAGAAACGUUACCAUCGCCAUACUCAACAUCAAAUCCAAGAAUUGGAAGCGUUUUUUAAAGAGUGUCCUCAUCCAGAUGAUAAGCAAAGAAAGGACCUUGGCAGAAGACUAUCCUUAGAGCCAUUGCAAGUUAAAUUUUGGUUCCAGAACAAACGAACUCAAAUGAAGGCUCAGCAUGAACGCUACGAUAACACACAACUGAGAAAUGAAAAUGAAAAACUCCGAGCUGAGAACAUGCGGUUGAAGGAAGUUCUCGCCAAUGUCGCGUGUCCUAACUGUGGAGGACCAGCUGCUAUGGGGGAAAUGUCUUAUGACGAACAACAAUUAAGGGUUGAAAAUACUCGUCUACGAGAAGAGAUUGAUAGGCUAUCUGGAAUUGCUGCAAAAUACGUUGGCAGGCCGAUGCUCACUUACCCUGAUGCUUCAUCUCAUGGACCUUCUCGCACCCUUGACUUACCAAUGUCAGCUAGUUUUAACCCACAACAAGGAUUGGUAGGAGAAACGUUUGGAGCAAAUGAUCACCAGCUUCUCCAGUCCAUGGCUGGGCCUACUGAGAAGCCGGUUAUUAUUGAGCUUGCUAUUGCUGCCAUGGAGGAACUGAUCAGAAUGGCUCAGGUUGGUGAGCCCUUAUGGGUCUCAGUCUCAGAUGAAUCAUCUCAAGUGACCUUAAAUGAAGAAGAGUAUCAGCGGUCAUUUCCUAGGGGCAUUGGACCGAAACCAAUGGGACUGAAAUCUGAAGCUUCAAGGGAAUCCACAGUUGUCAUCAUGAAUCAUAUAGCGCUUGUGGAAGUUCUAAUGGAUGCGAAUCAAUGGUCAAAUGUGUUUUGUGGCAUUGUUUCAAGAGCAAUGACUCUAGAAGUACUUUCAACUGGAGUAGCUGGCAGUUAUAAUGGAGCUAUGCAAGUGAUGGUAGCAGAGUAUCAAGUUCCUUCUCCACUCAUUGCAACGCGAGAAAACUACUUUGUUAGGUAUUGUAAACAACUUGAUGAUGGAACAUGGGUCGUGGUUGAUGUAUCCUUGGAUAAUUUGCGUUCAUCGUCAGUAGUAAGAUGUAGAAGAAGGCCUUCGGGCUGUUUGAUUCAAGAGCUUCCCGAUGGCUAUUCAAAUGUAACUUGGGUUGAGCAUAUUGAAGUUGAUAAUGGGCACAUUCAUGAUAUCUAUAAGGUGCUAGUAAACUCUGGUCUAGCAUUUGGUGCAAAAAGAUGGGUAGCAUCUUUAGAAAGACAAUGUGAACGACUUGCGAACGCAAUGGCUAACAAUCUUCCAACAGGAGAAGUAGGAGUUAUGAUGACUCUAGAAGGGAGAAAGAGUAUGCUAAAGUUAGCCCAGAGAAUGGUUUUGAGCUAUUGUUGCGGGGUUGGUGCUUCGUCUGCCCACACAUGGACUACUUUAUCUGGAACUGGUCUGGAUGAUGUUCGGAUAAUGACUCGAAAAAAUGUGGAUGAUCCAGGAAGACCUACUGGUCUUGUUCUAAGUGCUGCAACUUCAUUUUGGUUACCAGUUCCACCAAGACAGAGUUUCAACUAUCUUCACGAUGAGAACACUAGGGGCGAGUGGGACCCUCUAUUAAAUUCUGUACUGGUUCAAGAAAUUGUGCACAUUCCCAGCGGUCGCGAUCCAGGAAACUGUGUUUCCCUUCUGCGUGUAAAUAGUGCAAAUUCAAUCCACCACAACAUGAUUAUGCUACAAGAGAGUUUAACUGAUUCUACGGGAUCAUAUGUUGUAUAUGCGCCAAUAGACGUUGCAUCGCUGAAUGUUAUAUUAAGUGGGGGUGAUCCAGAUUAUGUUGCAUUGUUACCAUCUGGUUUCGCCAUACUUCCUGAUGGACCUGGACGGUAUGAAAGUGGAGUUCUUGAGGUUGGAACUGGUGGAUCAAUAAUCACGACCGGGCUCCAGAUUUUAUUUGAUUCAGCUCCUACUGCCAAAUUAUCACUAGGAUCGGUGACGACAGUUAAUACUCUAAUUAAGUGCACAACUGAAAGGAUCAAAUGUGCACUAGCUCCUAACAAUCUGUGAGCAUUAUAAAUGUGCCAUGGCGGGGAAGAGCGAAUGAUCUAGGCGGGCUAUGUUUCUCUUUAAUCUUCUCAAACGGAUGGAUGGAGUCAAGAACGCACCUUGACGAUCCAUGGACAUAUGGAGAUGGCGUGUUGAUCUGAUGCAACAUGAUCAGCAGACCAUUUCCUUCAUUUCAUGGAUUGUAGGUUCGGGCAUUGACUAUGCCUAUCUAGAAGAUCAAAGAGUAAACUUACAUCUUGUCCAGUGAAUUCUAGUUAAUCCUUCCAAAUGUUUUGUUUUGUUUUGCUUUAGGAUCUAUGUAAGGCAUUAAGUUCCAGUCGUAAGGAUUUUGAAUAUGAAGUCAAUUGGCAGCAUGCUUGUAGCAACUGGUUGCAACUAUUGCUGCCAAUAUGGUUUUUUUUUUGGUAUUAUCUUAGGAAAGGAAUUUCAGGUUUU